CGAGGUCUCUUUGACAGACAAGCACUAGUAGUUCCUCUCGUGUCUAACACGUUUCUCCAGUGCUAUUUUCUCGUCAAACCGCGCACUCAGGCCAUCUACCGCGCACAUCUAAAAUCUGGCAUAGUCAGACGCUUAUCGGUAUACUUGAGCAGCUCUUUUGAGUGGCGGGUUGGCACUUUUGUCGGUUCGGCGUUAGAUUCGGAUCGGCGUUAGAUUCGUAUCGGCGUUAGAUUCGUAUCGGCGUUAGAUUCGUAUCGGCGUUAGAUUCGGAUCGGCUCGAGCUCCGGACUGGCUCUAGCUUCAAACCGGCUCUAGCUUCGGAUUGGUUUCGACCCUUAUACAACCCUUGCAUCCGAGCCGUCCAUUUGAUCGUUGCAUUCGAGCAUCGUGCGGUCGCCAUGAGAUCCAACAUCGCAACAGAGGCAAGCAUAGGCACGCGCAUUCACCAGUGGUGGCUGGCCGUGCCGCUGGUAACGGCCUCUGUCUUCGCCGUCUGUGUGGCUGUGUUCGCGGCUGACCUGCUGGUGGGCUACGACAGCUUUAGGGAGGUCUGCUUCGCACCCGCACUGAGCGUGGUGCACUGGCAAGUCUACCGCGCCCUGACUUCCAUCGUCUUCCACAAGGGACUCCUCCACAUCGCUCUCAACCUCUCCACACUCCUCCCCCUCGCCGCCCCUCUCGAGCGCCACCUGGGCUCGCUGCGUCUCCUGCACGCCCUCCUCCUCUUCGCCCUCCUCAAUGCAGCUAUUCAUUCUCUUUUAGCAUUUUUCCCAGGAGUGCUGCUGGGUUGGUGGCGGUGGUGGGGUGGGGAGUGCUGCAUCGGCUUCUCCGGCGUGCUCUUUGCGCUCAUUGUGCUGGAUUUACACGUUGGAGGGGGCAGUCACAGGAGUAUCUUCGGCUUCUUCACGGUGUCAACCGCCUGGUACCCCUGGGUGCUCCUCGUGCUAUUCCAACUCCUCCUCCCCUCCGCCUCUCUGCUGGGUCACCUCAGUGGCGUGCUCUCAGGCCUAGCAUACGUGCGUGGCUCCCUCUCUAUAGUCACACCCUCUUCAGCCACUCUGAAUUUCCUGGAGUCAUCGCGAUUCUUAGCACCGAUAGUUCGCCGGCCAGGGUUCAUUGCUGGGGGACAUCCAAUUAGCGCUGCUGCCUUCACCAGCCUAGGGGACCUCUCGUCCCUUCGGCCGGCAAGCAUCAGCCAAUCCCUGCACGCCACGUGGCGCAGCAUGCAGGCAUCCGUGGCUCGUAUGCAGGAGAGAUGGCGGUCUGUGGCUGCAGCAGUGCAGCAGCAGCAGGAGCAGCAGAGACUACUCCAGCAACAACAGCAGCAGCAGCAGCAGCAGCAGGGAUCGCAUAACCAAAGGGUAUACAGCCAGGGGCCCCUCUCGAAUGUCCACUCGCUCUCAGCAGGGGCUCCUGUGGGUUCGGCUAAUCCGCAGGCUUCAUUUCAGGCACAAGGGUGGGGGCAGAGUGCUGGUCAAGGGGGCAUGCAAGCUGCAGCGACUGCUGCAGACCCGCGAUUCCCUGGACGGGGGCGGACAUUAGCAGACUCUGCAGCACCAGGGGAGCCACCCUUAGCAGGGACAGCUACUGUAGGGCCCUUUUCAGGACCCCCGCUACAGGCACUCCCACUACAAGCACAAGGACUGGCAGGAGCAGCAGCAGCAAGAGAGAGUGUGGGGGUGGCAGUGAUAGCGUCUCACGAUGCGCCCAACUACCCUCUGCCCAACGCUGCUGCUGCCUCUGCCAGUGCUGCUGCCGCCGCUGCUGCCAUGGGAAGGGCGACAUUACUCUCGAGCGGCUGGGCACAUUCUGAACCUCAACUGAGUCAGAACCAGCAGGCCCACCUCUCAGGCCACCCCGAGCUGCCUGCCACCUCAACCCGCAGUGCUAGUUAUGCCGACUCGCAUAAUGCCACUGACAGAGCAGCAGCUGUGCAGCAGCUAUGCGACAUGGGCUUCACCCAGUUGUCGGCUGAAGAAGCGUUGAGUGCUACAAAUGGUGAUCUUUCACUUGCAGUUGAAUUGUUGACAGAACAAGUAUAGGCUCUGUACCAAUGGGUGACACUAGUGCAUAUGGCCAUCACCUAUGUUGAUGUAUAAUCUCACAAGCCUUUUUUAAAGAAAUGUUGGCCCGUUAU